GAUUACAAAGUGUAUACCUGAAUCUUCCAUCUUAGGUCUUCAGACGUUUAAUCGUUAAGAGACUCGUUAUAGUUCUUUGUUUUGUUUAGCCUAGUUUAGUCUAAGAAGCUGUUGUAAUUAUCUGAGUUUGCGUUUAACCAUUUGAUAGCCUUCUUUUUAGGACUUCACUGAUUGAAUUCACAAACAAUCUAAAAUAAAGGGACCUAGCCGAAUAACUUGGAAACCAGUUACUAUAGUCACUAUGAAGAAAACACGAGUCUUUGAAAACAGAUUAAAGACUCCCAAUGUAGACAUGAAAAAUGUAAAGUGCACUUAUAGUAAAGUACACGCAUGAGCUUAGUUUCUCUGAUUCCGUGAUGGAAUUAUUGAUAAUAAAUGUGUACAUCAAGAUUUCAUGAUUAAGACAUCGCCCCAAUUUUGGAUGGAGUUUUCUUGGUUGAAUAUCAGCGACCUCUCUUUCCCGAGGUAGAUAUGAGGAAUGUAGUGAUGGAAGGAAAUGCAGCGGUAGAUAUGUGCAUAUGUGCAUGAAAUUCCGUUAAUAUCUUCGCAGGAAUACAGCAUUUCUCCCGUGCAGGUAAGAUGUUUUGCUGGUGGUAUGGUCCGACGUUUCUAGUGGUAGAUAAUGGAUUUAUAUUUAACACCUUGGUAUAAUGUACUCCCAUCUCACAUGAAACAGCUGUAAUUAUAAUUCUAACGUAGCCACCUGAUUUAGCAAAAAUCAAAGAGAAAGUUUUCAAAAUUACGCUCUUGAAAUUUUCUACCACACUGCUAUAAAGAUCUCCCUAUGGCAUCUUCCAGACCUAUCUCUCUCUAGCUCAGUCGUAAACAAUCCAUGUAUAAACGUGAGAGACACAUUUUAAUGUCUAACUGUGGAUAAUGCCGUGCUGUACAAUAGCCUGAAUCGCUUUCAAUCCUGCUAUAGAAGGAAAAACUGUCAGGUUUGUAUCACCGCUAAUACUUCGAAAAUAACGCACAAGUACAUUUUGCGUAGGAUUAGUUGUAUUUUAAGGGCUAGUUCUUUCUGCUGCUGUUGCAUAUUUUAGUCUGCCCAAUUAGUAAAGCACUUGUGCUCAGCUAUUAAGACUGAGACUUAUAUAAAGUUGCCAUUCAUUCAUUCAGGAGGUGCUUCAAUGCACAAGGGAAUCCCUUGAAAGCCAUUUGUGCAAGCUUUGCCUCUUAUGUUGCCUUGAAAAACCCGACCAAAAAUUUUAGAUCAAUAAACUAUGAGUCAUGGGUGAAAAGGAAAACCUGUUUGUUAAUGAAUGAUUCAUGUGAUGGUAUGAAACUUGUAUCAGAGAAACUGAAGUAGUAUCUGGGGUAAUAGCAUCAAAUCUAUGAGCCCUCAUUUUCACUUUGACGAGAUCAGAGGCAAAACACGACGAAAUGCAUCUUCCUGCGUUUGACUGCAGAAUUAGCAGGAAAAUAAGUUGCUCUGCAAUGUUUGCUUAGAGCAUGCGCGCUGGUAUAGCUUAAUUUCGACAGUGACGCUCAUUGAAAAGCAGGGACAGUGUCCAAUCACGGGUAAGUCUAUAAAUACCUUGGAUAAUUCCUAGAAAUCAGAUUUUUCCGGGAAAACAUUGUAUACACAUAAGGAAGGGAAACUUGAUUGACGUGUAUUCGUUGCCUUGACGCUUGGACGUAAUGAAGUUAUGUGAUUGGUUGAUUUAGAAGGAUCAAUCACGGAAAGGGCCGUGAUACUAGAUUUGAAGACCGAGUGAAUUGUUUCGCAAUUAAAACCAUCAAGUCUUUUUAUUUUGCCCUGUAUUUCCCAUCUCUUGCCUAAUUUCUGCAAAAAUGUCUGCACAAAGAGGGAAGAAGCCCUUUCACUUAGAUGAACAUGACCAACUAAACGCAAAAGGGGAAACAUUUGAUCUCUUGCCUUCAAAUGCGAAAUGCGACACAUUCAAGGUGGUUUUCGACUACUACUCUCCUCGAGCGCAUUUUAUCAUCGUGCCCCGCGACAGAAAGUCUAUAACUAAUUAUAACUCCUUAGCUCCGGGAGCAAAGCUUAAGAUAGUCAAGGCAGCAAUGGUAAUGGUUUCUCACUAUGACCUGCAAAUGUCCGCUACUUUGUCUCUCCAUUUUGGUAAAUGGGGAACUGACAAGGACAAGUUCCAUGUUCAUCUCUGUGUAGACGUGGAGGAUUAUCUCAGUAUAUAUGAUAAGAGAAAGCAUGAAGUUCCCAACUGGCCCUCGGUAAGGUCCGUUACAAAAGAAUGGAGGGCGUGCAAGGAACCCACGCACAGCUGUUACGUGAAAAAUGUUCGACAGUAUCCUUUCAAAACAUAUUUCAAGGAUGAGGUUGAAGCUGUCAGAAAUUACCGUCGAACGGAGGCAAGGACGAAUACAAUUGGUUCCCUGGCAAUCCCAUCUCCGCCGUUCACCGCCAUUCUCUUCCAUCAUUCAGAACCAAGGGUUGGCUUUGCUGUCAAGAAUGAUGCAACGGCAAGAAGCGCCGAGGCUCGCCUCAAAGCCCAAGAAGCCAUAAUCGGAUUUGCCAGCCAGUACAACCUCACGAACAUCCACGCAAGAAGUGAGGAUGACGGAUGCCAUGUGUGUUUGGUUCUCGACGAAAAGACACACGGAUUCAAUGUUGCCGCCUCUCAGUACCUUGUUGGGUACAUCCAGGUCACCGGACUGAAGUUCUACAGGGAUCUCUGCCCACAUGACAAGCGAGAUGACUGGUUCGCUCAAUACAGCAGCAUGAGGGAUUAUAACGUAUACACCUAAAUAAGGAGAGUAUUAAGGAUAUCCAUGUAUCAACGUGAGAGGACUAUAAUUGUUAGUAAGUCGCUAUUCCUUGCCUCUGGAUCAGUUUGUAUUUAGGAAAUAGAAAACAUGUACCGUGUUUCUAUCGAACUACCCUCACCCGGACGAUUACACUAUACCAACUACAUGAUUAAAUUCUGAAUCAGUUUACUGAGGUUCCAAUGUGAGUACUAAUGCUUCUCCAGAUAUGAACUUAAGUGUUGAUUGUCACAUUAAUUGUACAGUAGUUUUGUUGGAGGAAGCUCAAAACGCGAAGAAAAUCGAAGGAGUUGAGUUAAUAUGGUUUCCUGGCGCUCCAAGCGAAAUCGACAUAGUAUUAGUAACCAGGCCUCAAAUCGCCAUUCUUGCGAGUCACUGUUCGUUAAUUUGCUCCCAUGUUACCGGAAAAAAGAAAUAAGAUAAAUAAAAUUAAAGAAAUAAGUCAGUUAAACAGUAAAGAUGUGUGCACAACCAAAAUAGCAGUUUUGUAUCCAUCAACAUGUUCAUAUCCCUAAGCACUGGAUGGAGACCUGGAAUGGCUGGAGAGCAGUACGGGGUGUAGUUGGGGGUUGGGUGGGGGGAAGGACAGCUAUUAGCCUUGUAACCCAACUAUUUUAUUCGUUCUAUUUCCACAAAUCAGCUGGUGUUAUCUUGUGGAACUGCCAAGAAUGUAGCUAAUAAUGACAAGCAAUAGAAAACUGCUAAAAUGUUAACGCAGUACAGCCAAACCCUCAUUACCAGAAAGAAAUAAAUAUGACGCGUGUGUAUUACUGACCCACACGCAAGAUGAGUAGGAGCCAAGAGGUCAUGGGCUCCUGGUUGGCGCCAGGAGGUUUUCAUUGCGCGAGUCCCUGAAACUUGCUAGUUACAUCAUUAUAGCAGAAGAAACAAAAUUAUAUAAACACAACCUCUACAGAAUGGACAGUUAAAAGUCUGUACCUGUGGCAUGCCACAAUGGUAUAUCAAAGGCGCGAAAUACCUAACUCAGGCUACUUUAAACUCGAGCAAAAAUAUACCGGUGUCUUACAAUUCAUUUCUGCAGUUUACUGCUUCUUUUGGACUAAUCUCUUUUUAUCUUUGACUGAGUCAGCUUACGCUCUUUAAUCUUUUCUCUCUACAUAUUUUGUUUUUGUAAGGGUAUAGUGCUUUGGUUAACAUCUCCUCUGGUUAUGCUUGAUGUUUUCCCGUAAUAGUGUUCAAAAACUUCAUUGUAAAGGUUUAGAAAUACGAUGCACUGUUCUUAAAUACAUAUGUGAAAAGGAGUGCUUUCUUCAAUUAAAGGUAUACGAAAGGA